AUGAAUAUUAUUAACAUGACAAUUGGUUUCAAUCAAAAAUCUUCCUAUAGCGGAGGUAAACAAAAGAAACCAUACAAAAAAAUGGAACCAACAUUUCAAAAACAUAGACGUGAUCAUGCAUCAAAUUUGAUACGUUCAAUUUAUUCCGCACCUUUGAAAGUUCAUAAGAAUAAUUUAGGGUUGACUUUGGAUCUCUCAUAUAUUACUCCAAAUAUUAUAGUUUGUUCAUAUCCCGUCACCAAAUAUCCAAAAUUAUUUUAUAGAAAUAAUCUUAUGGAUUUAUUAAUUUAUUUAAACUUAAAUCAUGGAAAUGGAAAUUGGAAAAUUUAUAAUUUUAAAGUGGAAUCAAACUUAUCUGAUUAUACCGAUCAAGAUGUAAUCAGUUUGACAAAUUCAAGUGGUGUUAUAGUGAGUAAUAAUAAUGAUAAGGACAAUGACAAUAACAAUGACAAUGACAAUUACAAUUACAAUGAUCAUAAAAAUAUUUCUGUGGCUACGUAUUAUUUAAAGAAAGAAGCUAAAAUACAAAAUAUUGAAAUUGUUGCAAGGGAUGACUCUAUCCCUACAAGUCAAUUAUCGAGCAUACCUGUUAGUUCAUUUCUUUCAAGAAAUGGUUGGCUUGAUCAUUCUCCACCACCUUUUCUUCUACUCCAAGAGAUCAUCGAUGAUAUUCAUAACUUCACUACAUCUGGUAAGGAGAAAAUUGCUGUAUUGCAUUGUAAAAUGGGGAAAGGUCGUUGUGGUACAAUAUGUAUCGCAUAUUUAAUGAAAUACAAUCCAGGAACAGGUAAUUUGCAAACAUCAUCAUUGGAUGCGGCAAAAGCUGUAUUCAUGAAUAAUAGAUUUAAGCCCGGUAUCUCAAAAGGUGUCACAAUAUAUUCACAAUUAAGAUUCCUAAAGUACCAUGAAUUAUUCCUUUACUACGAUUCAAUGCAUCGAGAUAUGAUACUGAAUCAAUUACAACUGGCACGAUUUACAUUCCAUUCGAUAGAAUUGCUCGAGCCAACAACAAUUAUAAACUCGAACUUUAAUUCCUCUCCUGAUUCUGAUUACUCAUUCCAAUAUCCAUACGAAAUAUCGGUAAACCUGCAACAUUAUAAUGAAACAAGAAAUGACCUGAUUACUUUUCACAAUUUAACAACAAGUAGAGAUACCGUUUCAUCAUCAACCUUAUCAUCCCCCUUAUCAUCUUCGAUCACACCUUCAAAUAGUAGUAAGAAAACUAAAAAUGAUAGAUUAAUAAUGUUAUUACCAUCUUCUUCACCAUUACAUUUAGAAAAUACUGAUAUACGAUUAGACUUCACACUGAAAAUUAAAAGUUUACAAACAUCAUCGUCAAUGACAACUACAAAUAAAGUUAUAAGUAAAUUUACUUCAUAUGUAUCACAUUCACAUUGUUGGUUAAAUCUCUACUUUGAAACCGUAAAAUGUAGUAAGAACAACUCAAAUACACAUUUCAUGUUAAACGAAUUAAUAAAUGAACAAAAUCUGGGAAGGCAGCAAUUUUAUUUCUAUAUUAAAUGGGAAGAUCUUGAUGGGUUGAAAGGUACCAAUAAUAGAGGCUUGAAACUGUUUGAUUCUAUAAUAUUAAAAUGGUCACUUCAUACAUAA